GCGGCCAAAGCCCACAAAGCUGCAGCGGGGGCUAUGGCUGCGCCGAGCCCGGGGCCCCGCGAGAUUCUGGACCCUUCCCCAGAGGCUGCACGCAGAGCACCUACCUCCAACUCUGGCUGCCGUGGGCUCCUCUGGCGCCUACGAGAUAAGCAGUCUCGCCUGGGCCUGUUUGAGAUCAGCCCAGAUCAUGAACUGCAUGGAAUGGUGUGUAUGAUGCAGGCAGGGCUAUGGGCUGCCACUCAGGUCUCCCUGGAUCACCUGCCCGCGGGGCUGCCCUCUGAGGAAGAUUUCUCCGAGGUCCUGACCCAGGUUCACGAGGGCUUCGAGCUGGGCACUCUGGCUGGUCCAGCCUUUGCCUGGCUGCGCCGCUCACUAGGCCUGGCUGAGGAGGACUAUCAGGCUGCGCUGGGCCCUGGUGGUUCCUACCUACAGUUUCUCAGCACAUCCAAGAGCAAAGCCAUCUUCUUCCUGUCCCACGACCAGCGCUUCUUCCUGAAGACCCAGCGGCGCAGGGAGGUACAGGCGCUGCUCACCCACCUCCCCCGCUACCUGCAGCACCUGCAGAGGCACCCCCACUCGCUGCUCGCCCGGUUGCUGGGAGUGCAUAGUCUGCGGGUGGCAGGGGGAAAGAAGAUGUACUUCAUCAUCAUGCAGAGCGUCUUCUAUCCUGCCAGCCGCAUCUUUGAGAGGUAUGACAUCAAAGGCUGUGAGGUGAGCCGCUGGGUGGAGCCAGCCCCCGAGGGCAGCCCCCUUGUCUUGGUGCUAAAGGACCUCAACUUUCAGGGCAAGACCAUCAACCUGGGGCCCCAGAGGAGCUGGUUCCUCCGCCAGAUGGAACUGGACACAGCCUUCCUCCGGGAGCUCAACGUGCUGGAUUACAGCCUUCUGAUGGCUUUCCAUUGUCUCCAUGAGGAUGAGAGGGGCCCAGGAAGCAGCCUUAUAUUCCGCAUGGCCAGGUCUGUGCAAGAGACACAGAGCUCGGAAGAACCAGGAACCCAGAACCGUCGGCUGCUGCUCGACGUUCCCAAUGCCCUGCACAUCCUGGACGGGCCAGAGCAGCGCUAUUUCCUGGGCCUUGUGGAUCUCGUUACUGUCUAUGGGCUCCGCAAACGGCUGGAGCACCUGUGGAAGACACUGCGUUACCCGGGCCGGACAUUCUCCACUGUCAGCCCAGCUCGCUAUGCCCGUCGCCUCUGCCAGUGGGCGGAGGCGCACACUCAGUGACCCGCGCCGGGCUUCGCUCCAUACUCCUGGAUAGCAGCGCUGGUUCCCGCAGGGCCCGGGACGCUCUCCUGCAGCUCCCCUUCUGGCCACGAGGAGGCAGCACCACCUAAUACCUUAAGAGCGCAGCCCGUGAGGGGGUGGUACUGUGCCCGCUUCGUGCCUAGGACGCCCCUACUUUUGCUCAUUUAAUCCUCAAAAAAUGCUAUUAUUCUCUUUUUACAGACCAUGAAAUGGAGGCUCAGGGGGUGAAGGGACUAAGCAAGAUCAUUCAGCAAUAAAUACUGGAACCAGGACUCAA